AGCGCAACAAAAAUGGCAUCACAACAGCAGCAAGAACGAAAGAUAUCUGACAAGAUUUCCGAGGAGGAGAAAAAGGAUCUCGACCAACGAGCUGCUCAAGGUGAAACUGUUGUUCCUGGCGGUACUGGUGGUAAAAACCUUGAAGCCCAGGAACGUCUUGCUGAAGGUCGUAGCAAAGGAGGACAGACUAGGAAGGAGCAGCUGGGAACAGAAGGGUACCAAGAGAUGGGUAAAAAGGGUGGUCUGAGCACCGGUGAUAAGUCUGGCGGUGAGCGUGCGGAUGAGGAAGGGAUUGAGAUCGACGAAUCCAAGUACACCAAAAAAGGUUGAUCGAUAUGAUCUGCUCGCUAGUAGUGACGUAUGCUUGAUGUAGGAUGUGGUGGUUCUGUUCAAUGUUCUCUUGUAGUGCUCAAUAAUGUUUGUGAUGUAAUAAGGUGUACGUUUGUGUGAUGAUGUA